AUGCUUCGUUUCGGCAUGAAAACUCUUGAUGAAAUAUUAUCUCUGCUUGCACCAACAGAACUAGAACCAACUGUAGAUUCUUUGAUCAGACGUAAAGAUCAGUGUUAUCUUCAAAAAUCCAAAGAUCGACAAACUAAAAUGUUCGAACGAAUGCUUCAGCAGAAAUCAAGUCUUCAAAGCCACCACAAAGGAAACAAAUCCAAUAGCAUAGACAUAAGUGAGGUGGUAGUGAAUCUUUCUGAUAGAAAUUUGUUUGAAUAUGAAUCAUCCCUCCAUCAGAAGGGUCCGAAUUUUAAUUUGAACAAACCAUGUUUAUCAGCUUUUGAAACUACACCUACAACCGAACCAGCUUUAAAAAGUAUAGCAUGUGAAGCAGUGAAUGAAGUUAGAUACAAAAUUUCAAGCAAAUUAUUACUCCAGAAGUCAAGUACAAAUAAUGAGGACCGUUUUGUUAUCAAUCAGUGA